UCUUUAUCUUCAGUAUCUGCGUUAGGGUCUCUUCUUCUCUUUCUCUUUCUUUCUCUCUCUCUCUCUUUCUCGCUCAACCAAAAAUGGCCGACGAAUCGCGGUACUCCGCUGUCACAGACACAGCAACAAACAAGCGGAAAUACGAUGACCAAACGCCUUCUUCUGGAACUCGUAGGUCCACGGGUUUCUCUUCUGGUCCGAUCCCGUCUGCCUCGCCGGAUUCAGUGGCUGCUCCACCGCCUUCGUACAAUAGCGUGCCGCCGCCGGCCGACGAAAUCCAGUUGGCAAAGCAACGCGCGCAGGAGAUCGCUGCUCGUCUCAUCAGUGGAGCCGACGCCAAGCGUCCCCGCGUUGAAAAUGGUGCAUCUCUAUUUGAUUCGAAUGAUAAGGGAUUUAGUUCCUCCGCCGUCUCUGAUGGAAAGCCCCUUUCAGGCUCACUUCCUUCAUCUAUACCUCUCUCGUAUGGUAGUUUCCAGGGUACAAGCAAGAAGAUUGAAAUUCCAAAUAUAAGGGUAGGUGUUAUCAUUGGCAAAGGUGGCGAGACCAUAAAGUAUCUUCAACUUCAAUCUGGAGCCAAGAUCCAGGUUACCCGAGAUGUGGAUGCAGACCCGAAUUCUCCAAACAGAAUGGUAGAGCUCAUGGGUACUUCAGAGCAAAUAGCUAAGGCAGAGCAAUUGAUCAAUGAGGUUCUUCAGGAGGCUGAAGCUGGGGGUUCAGGCAUUGUUUCUCGAAGGUUAACAGGACAGGCAGGGUCUGAGCAGUUUGUAAUGAAAAUACCAAAUAACAAGGUUGGUCUGGUGAUUGGGAAAGGUGGUGAAACAAUUAAAACCAUGCAAGCUAAGUCUGGAGCUCGUAUUCAGGUAAUACCUUUGCAUCUGCCCCCUGGAGAUACAUCAACAGAAAGGACAUUACAGGUAGAUGGGACCAGUGAGCAGAUUGAACAUGCAAAACAGUUGGUUAAUGAAGUCAUAAGUGAGCAUCGCCUUAGAAAUCCAGGGAUGGCUGGAGGAUACCCUCAGCAAGGUUAUCAAGCACGACCACCAGCAAGCUGGGCUCCAUCUGGAGCUCCUCAAAUGCAACAACCUGGUUAUGGCUACAUGCAGCCUGGAGGAUAUCCUGGUCCCUCACCUCAGUAUUCUCAACCACCUUAUGCAGGUUAUCCUCCACAGGCAUCUGGUGGUUACCCUCCCAACUGGGAUCAGUCAUCAUCCCAGCAGGCUACUUCAGGAGGUGGAUAUGAUUAUUACAAUCAACCGCCAUCUUCACAGCAACAACAAACUUCUGGUGGCUCUGCUGCUCCGGCAGAUAACACCGGGUACAAUUACAAUCAGCCUCCCUCUGGCUACAAUCAGCCAGGACAAGGUUAUACUCAAGAUGGCUAUGGUGGAUAUCACACACACCCACAAUCUGGUUAUGGGCAGCAACCAACAUAUGAUCAGCAGCAAGGUUAUGGAUCAGCACCUAAUUAUGGCAGUGUGACUAAUCCAACUCAGGAGGGGCACACUCCAUCUUAUGGUUCUCAGGGGGAUUCAUCUCAAGCACCUCCACCUGUGCAGCCCCCUGCCAUGGGUCAGCAGGGAUAUAGCUCAAGUCAACAGCCAAGCCCAAAUACUGCAGGUUAUCCACCCCAGGGAAGUGCUCAGCAAGGCUAUGGAAUGCCCCCAACUUCACAAACUGCAUAUGGGAGUCAAGCACCAGCUCAGUCUGGAUAUGGAGCAGGCUAUGGAGCUAGUCAAGCACAGAAGCCUCUGGCAAAUCCUCCUGUCUAUGGACAGACCCAGCAUUCUCCCAGUGCCGGAGGCUAUGCCCAGCCUGCUCCUGUUCAGCCAGGAUAUCCCCCUUCACAGCCACCAUCAUCUGGCUAUACUCAACCCGAUUCUAGUUCACAGCGUGCCCCACCAUCUGGUUAUGGAACUACAUCAGGUCAGUCAGGUUAUUCUGCCUAUGGUGCUCCACCUGCAAAUCAGCAAGGUUAUGUGCAGGGACAGCCGCCUUACAACACCUCAUAUGGUAGUGGUUACUCCCAGCCUCCAGUAUACUCUGAUGGUAAUGCAACUGGUAAUGCUCGUGGGGCCUACGAAACAGCACCAGCUUCACAGACUGUCCAGCAGAGUGGAGUAGCUAAAACGUCACCCAAGAAUUGAUGAUUUAUGUUUUGGGAAUAUCUUGACUAUUUUCGUUUGUUCUAUUAAUGGUUAAUUGUGUUUCUGUUGGUAGGUUAGGUUUGCUAGUGUUUAGACCUGUUCUGUUUGCUUAAAUGUUUUGAGAUAGUGAAUGUUGAUGAUCAUAGUGAUCUGAUUUGUCUUUUCAUACUAUGUGGUUGGUUAUUAUGAAUUGGGUGGUCUUUCUGAGAUGGAGACUAUUACUGCA